AUGUCGGCUUUAAGAAAGUCAACAGAUAGGGAGAUCUUCAGGAUGCAACGUCAAGAACGCAUUAAGGCUCUCCUUGAAGCGCAGUCACUCAGCUUCGGCGAUAUGAACGAGAUGAUACACCAGCUCAAAAAGCACCAAGCGGUCAUGGAAGCCGGAAAAUACGAUGACAUCGACGACUAUCCCCUCCCACUUGACACAGUAGGUGACGAGCCGGUCACUAAGAAGCCGAAGCGAAGCUUUGACGAAUAUCAAGACUUGGAACGCCCAAGCACCAUCUUAUCGACCCCUUCUAAACCCAGUACUGAGAACAUGAGAGAACAAACGGAGUUGCCGAACCAUGAACAUGCUAGAACGUCUUUUCAAAGCGUUCACGACGACCUGCUUCCACCUUCCAGCUCCUCUCAGGUCGAUUCCGCAAGCGACUACCAAUCCUCAACACCCGGAGCUCUACUUGGCUCCGAUUGCUCAUUAUCAGACCCACCAUCUCCGACACAGACUUUCCCCAGCGGUAAACCAAUCUACGGCUCUAGUCCCAAUCAUUUUCGACAACCUGCAGAUGGAGGAGUGCGCGGCUUGAUGCGCUCCGUUCACGCAUCAUCAUCUCCACCACCGAAUGCCGCUGGCACACUCCUGGACCCACCCGAGGGCCGGGACUGGAGGCCUUUGACAAUGAACCCUAUGAUCUCGAAGGUUGGUAAGAUCAAGACUGGAGACUUCGUUGGAGAACAUCUCGCGACGAUGCUUCCCGAACACUGUCGCACUCGAUCGGACUGGCUACGCCACCUAUAUCACUAUGGCACAAUACAACUCGGACAUGAGAAUGUUGAUGCCGUUCCCUGCACUAUCAUCGCAGAAUACGAAAUCGCGCACGGUGUAGGACUCGGUAACAAUGGCGAAAGACUCUGCCCUCCGGAGAAGUUCAUUUUCGGGUUCGGACAAGUUCACCGUAACAAGACGCUAGAGCAAGCGGGUCCUGCCUAUGUGGAACAGAUGUACAAAGCAAAGGAAAACAGGCCGUGGCUAAGAGAAGCUGUUGAGCUCUCCAGAUCGCUGAAGACAACUUCAUUUAAUCCGUAUCGGUCGAACAGCCAGUCGCAUAGCAGCCCCAGCCGGCAGAUGUACAACCAUCACAAGGGUUCAUACGAUAGCAGCGGAAGUCGCUCCAGCACUUACAGCUCGUACAAUCGCGCAAAGAGUUAUACACCCCAGGAGCGAAGCAAGUAUCCAACCCACUUUGGCGCCUUCGCUGGUGACGGUUCAUCUUUCAGAAAAGGCCCAGAUGACUUUGUCAUCGCGGUAUCUGACCUCGAGCACGUGAGUCCGGAUCGCCUCGGGAUGUUGAAGGCUCCUGGCGCUCGCUCAACGGGAGAGUCUCCAUCUCAUACCAGCACUUCGUUCGCUGAGUCUCCUUCUCCGUUGGAGCGAGGCCAGCGCACUUUACCAAGUGCCUUUACCAUUGCGAAGAGAGAAUCGGGGUCUACACCAGCACCAGCACCGGUAAUGGAUCUGUCGGAAUAA